GUUUGAGCUCCAUAGGUAAAAUGAAAGAAACGUCAAUGUGAAAUGUUUCAAUAGCAGCCAACAGCCGGAGGAGCUUCGUGCAAAGUUUAAAAUAACGUUAUCAAGCCUUGCACAUGUUGACCUUGAAAUCAAGUUGACAUUUGUACACAUAUCAAACGUGGAAAUAAUCAGCGUUGAUAAAACACCGACUGUCACGGCUAAACACAUUAGAAGUUCCACACAGACCGUGUUUUACAGGGCUUGUUUCAUGGACGAUUCAUUCCAGAAGAAGGUGAAAUACAAUGUUUUGUUUACAACCACCUCUGUGGAAAUGGAAAUCUCACAGAAGAAGGAAGGGGGAAGUUCAGACAUGCGGACAGGGCUCCGCGCAGCCUGCGCCAUGCCGCGCUCUUAAACCGCAGCAGCUCUCCACGUCCUCCAGAGGCGAUGCUGGAGUUUGGCGAGACGAGCGGGCGGCGCAGAGGCAGCUAUCAUGCCGUAAGCGCAGGCUUAAAAUAGUAAGGGCAAGGUUUUUUUUUCAUUUGGCAUUAACUUGCUGUUUUCACCGCUCUCCGACAACAUGGAGGACUGGAGGCAAUGCGCGAUGUGGCUGAUCAGCUGCAACGUGCUGCCCGCCAACCACCGGGUGACUGCGGACACGGCGCAGGUGUUCGACCUGGCGCAAACCCUGCGGGACGGGGUGCUGCUUUGCCAACUGCUGAACAACUUGAGACCUCACACUAUCAACCUGAAGGAGAUCAAUCUCAGGCCACAGAUGUCACAGUUCCUGUGCUUGAAGAACAUUCGUACAUUUCUGACUUGUUGCUGUGACGUGUUUGGGAUGAAGAAAAAGGACUUAUUUGAAUCCUUCGACCUCUUUGAUGUUCGAGACUUUGGAAAGGUUAUGGACACACUAUCCAAGCUCUCCUACACAGCAAUUGCACAGCAAGGAGUAAUCAAGCCAUUUCCCACAGAGGAAAGCCUCAAAGACGAGGACAUUUACAAUAAUCUGGGAGACUUGAUUGAUGAGAAUGCCCCCGAGGAUGAGGACGACUUGUAUGCAGCGGUCUACGGGCUGGAAGAAGACUACGCAGGUGGAGAGAUCUAUGAAGACCUCAUGAGGAAUGAGCAGCAUCCCCCUUCGGCAGAGGUGGAUGUCCGGAGCUGCUGCCUCACAGAGAUCAAACAGACGGAGGAGAAAUACACAGAGACCCUGGAGUCCAUCGAGAAGUAUUUCCUGAACCCUCUCAGGAAGUUUUUCUCUGUGGCUGAAAUCGACAAAGUUUUUGUCAACAUUCCAGAACUGGUUAAAGUUCACAAGAGCCUGAUGGUCGACGUGCAGGACUCCAUCUUAAACAAAAAUGCCUUAAAUCUCUACCAGAUUUUCAUCAGCUACAAAGAGAGGCUGCUUAUUUAUGGGAUAUACUGCAGUCAGGUGGAGAUCGCUAUUGCUGUGUUAGACCUCAUUUGCAAAGAGAAAGAGGAUGUCCGUCUAAAGCUUGAGGAAUGCUCGAAGAGAGCCAACAAUGGCAAGUUUACGCUGAGGGACCUGCUGGUUGUCCCGAUGCAGAGAGUCCUCAAGUACCACCUACUUCUUCAGGAACUAGUCAAACACACUCACGAUGCUGCUGACAAGAAUAACUUGAAGAUUGCUCUUGAUGCCAUGAAAGACCUGGCUCAGUUUGUCAACGAGGUGAAGAGAGAUAAUGAGACACUGAGGGAGAUCGACCAGUACCAGAGGUCUAUUGAAAACCUGAAUCAGCCUCUAUUCAGCUAUGGUCGACCAAAAGGUGACGGAGAGGUGCGCAUGGUCUCCAGUGUUGACAGGAGGAAACAGGACAGACACAUAUUUCUUUUUGAUGUGGCUGUCAUUGUUUGCAAGAGAAGAGGAGACAACUAUGAGAUGAAGGACAUACUUGACCUCAACAACUUCAAGAUCACAAACAACCCUACCACCGACAGAGAGGGUAAAAAGUGGUGCUACGCGUUCUACGUGACUCACCAGCAGGGGCACGCAGGCUUUGAGUUCUUUUUUAAGACCAGAGAACUGAAGAAGAAGUGGCUGGAUCAGUUUGAAAUGGCCAUAUCAAAUAUUCGUCCAGAGAAAGCCAACCACAACACCCACCAGUUCAUGAUGCACACCUUUGAAAGGAUCACUUCCUGUAGUUUCUGUCACCUGUUGCUCAGGGGCAUCUUUAACCAGGGUUACCUCUGUCUGAAAUGUGGGCUGGGGGCUCAUAAGGAGUGUCUGGGUCGACUGGAAAUCUGUGGGAAAACAGAUUCUGCCAAGCCCAAACCCAAGGAAAAUACAACACCACCAGACCCAGGUUUACCCAGGAUGGUUGUGAUCAGAGACUACAGUGGCGUCCCCUGUCCCCAGUGUGGGCCCCCGCUCAGCAUUCAUGCGGGAGAUGUCAUUGAACUGAUGUUUGCCGACCUGCACAGCUCCUGGUGGCAGGGAAGAAUUCUGGCGACAAGCAAGAUUGGCUUCUUUCCAAGUGAUGCUGUGAGGCCCUGCCCAUGUGUUCCAAAACCUGUCGAUUACUCUGCCCAUCUCUGGUUUGCAGGUCCCAUGGAGAGAUACCAGGCUGAGGUGGAGCUUCUGGACCGAGAAAACGGAACCUAUCUGGUUCGUCACAGGAGUAAAGAGUGCACCGAAUACGCCAUUAGUAUAAAGUUCAACGAUAAAGUCAAGCACAUUAAGAUUCUGACCAAGGAUGGCUGCUUUUACAUCGCUGAGAGUCGGCUGUUCAAGACUGUGCUGGAUUUGGUGGAAUACUACAAGCAGCAUUCUUUGAAGGAGGGUUUCAGCAGUCUUGACACCACUCUGCAGGUUCCCUAUAGAGAACUGUCCAAUGGAAGCAUACCCAAGGCCAUUACCAGGUCUGGCACUGUGUUUUCUCCCAGGGUGAUGGGUGUUGCAGUGGCACGUUAUGACUUCUGCUCCAGAGACACACGGGAGCUCUCCCUGCUGCAAGGAGACGUGAUCAAGAUCUACACCAAAAUGUCCAAUGGGUGGUGGAAGGGCGAGAUCGACGGCAGGAUGGGCUGGUUCCCUUCAACCUACGUGGAAGAGGAGGACUGACUUUGUGGGAUGAAUGACUAUUCAGCGUCCAUUCGAAGCCGACCACCUCCGGCGACUUCCAUGUUGCUCGGCCACUCUGUGCCCUGCAAGUCUGAUCUCUUUGAUAAAACCCAAAGACUUAAGACUAAAGAGAAAGCGGCGAUACCCUCAAACACCUUCUCCUGCCCUCUGACAGACUCUCACACAGAGCAGAUGUCAAAUCACAGAUUCCAGGAGCGUCAAGCCAUAUCUCGCCUCUAUGUGUCUGCUCCCACGGCACCAUGGGAAGUGCGUGUGCUGUACCCAGAUAACCCUACACCCACCCUUUCUGCUCACCUUGUCUCAUUAUUGAUGACUCCAUCGGCUGGUGUGAGACUUGCCUUCACUGUCAUCGUGUUUCAAUACCAGGAAGGCUCAGUCACCCAACUGGAACACAGAUCCUGCUGACAGUGCACCAACCAGGUACCACUCCAAAUUGAAAUGCAGGAGCUGAGGAGCUUUGACUGUGGUUGGAACAUGGCCCCCUCGGCUGUUCAGGUUUUUGUACUCAACUUUCUGUCUAAGACUUUUAUUUUUAACAGUUUAAAUCACUGGACGGAUUUAAACUACGUGAUAUUUAAAUGCAAUCGCUGAAACGAUUCAACGUUGUUUGAAAAAAGGAUUUCAGUUCCACAGCGUGAAGGAUGGAUCUGUCAUGCAGUGUGUUUGCAACUUAAUGACUAUUAGUCUUGUGGAGCCAGAAGUGAUUUGGUCAUAUCAUUACAGAACAAGACAUCUUCAGACAAAGUAGUUGUGGAAUAAUGUUGUGGAACGUGUUUGAAUCCAUCGAUGAUAAAGUUGUGUCUCCAAGCUUU